AUGGGCUCUCAGUCUGAGGACUCCACACCUUGGUCGGUAUCAUCUGUGAUUGCUACAUUUCCCCAUCGGCCACUGGAAAAUGAUUCCUCUCCAGUCCCAUUUUUUCAUCUUUUAGAGCGUCUGAAGACUACCAAGCGAGAAGGCUGGCGACGGUUCGAUAUUAAUCAAGGAGAAUCUAUCUCUGACCAUAUGUAUCGCAUGGCUAUAAUGACCAUGCUGGCACCGCCAUCUAUCGCCCGCAAACUUAAUAUACCGCAUUGCACGAAAAUGGCCCUUAUUCACGAUAUGGCUGAAUCUAUAGUUGGGGAUAUAACGCCAGUGGAUACUAGUGUAACGAAAGCCGAAAAAGCACGUCGUGAAGCCGAGGUCAUGACCUAUAUUUCGAAAUCUCUGCUUGGUGGAGUGUAUGGUGGUGCUGCUGGGGAGGACUUUCAAUCUAUUUUCCAAGAAUACGAGGACAACCAGACCUUAGAAGCAAAAUUCGUUCAUGACAUCGACAAGAUGGAGCUACUGCUACAGACAAUCGAGUACGAGCGAUCUCACGGCGGGCAGAUUAAUCUUGCAGAGUUUUACAGCGUUAUGGAGCGAAUCCAACUUCCGGAGAUAAAAGAGUGGGCGCAGACUGUUAUGAAAGAAAAGGAGCUAUUUUGGACCAGCAACGGUAACUAG